CGGUGGUGGCUGCAGGCGCAGGCAGGCGGCAGGUGCUAGAAGCCAGGCUGGGCGAGGUGUGCACCCGCUGGGUUCCCGGGCCGCCGCCCCCUCACUGCCGGGUUCUUUCGCUCUCUCCGUGCUCCCCGGCGCGUCCAGCCCCUGGCCUUAGCGCCCCGGCUCAUGGCGCCCCGCGGUUGAGCCGGCGCCGCCAGGGACCCCUCCCGUGGGCCUCCCCGGGGCGCGCAGAUCCCGGAGCCGCCCGCCCACCCUCCUCGGAGUCUCCCUCCCCUCCUCGCCCGAGCCGGGCGGGACCAUGGCUGCGAAGCUUCGAGCGCAUCAGGUGGACGUGGACCCGGACUUCGCGCCGCAGAGCCGGCCGCGCUCGUGUACCUGGCCCCUGCCGCAGCCCGACUUGGCGGGCGACGAGGACGGAGCGCUGGGCGCUGGGGUGGCCGAGGGCGCCGAAGACUGCGGGCCGGAACGCCGGGCGACGGCCCCCUCGAUGGCCCCAGCGCCGCCGCUGGGCGCGGAGGUCGGACCGCUGCGGAAAGCCAAGAGCUCCCGGCGGAACGCGUGGGGAAACCUGUCCUACGCCGACCUCAUCACCAAAGCCAUCGAGAGCGCCCCGGACAAGCGGCUCACGCUCUCGCAGAUCUACGACUGGAUGGUCCGCUACGUGCCCUACUUCAAGGAUAAAGGCGACAGCAACAGCUCGGCAGGCUGGAAGAACUCCAUCCGGCACAACCUGUCGCUGCACACGCGUUUCAUCCGCGUGCAGAACGAGGGGACCGGCAAGAGUUCCUGGUGGAUGCUGAACCCUGAGGGCGGGAAGACGGGCAAGACCCCGCGGCGCAGGGCCGUGUCCAUGGACAACGGGGCCAAGUUCCUACGCAUCAAGGGCAAGGCGAGCAAGAAGAAGCAGCUGCAGGUACCCGAUCGGUGCCCGGACGACAGCCCCCCGGGUGCGUCUGCCCCGGGGCCCCUGCCUGCCGCCGCCAAGUGGGCCGCCAGCCCGGCCUCGCACGCCAGCGACGACUAUGAGGCGUGGGCCGAUUUCCGCGGGGGCGGGAGACCCCUGCUCGGGGAGGCGGCGGAGUUAGAGGACGACGAGGCCCUGGAGGCCCUGGCGCCAUCGUCGCCGCUCAUGUACCCGAGCCCUGCGAGCGCGCUGUCGCCGGCGCUGGGCGCGCGCUGCCCCGGUGAGCUGCCGCGCCUGGCGGAGCUGGGAGGCCCGCUGGGCCUGCAUGGCGGCGGCGCGGGGCUGCCCGACGCCCUGCUGGACGGCUCGCCGGACGCCUACGGGCCCCGGGCCCGCGCCGGGACGCCGGCCUACUUUGGCAGCUGCAAGGGCGGUGCCUACGGCGGGGGCGGGGGCUUCGGGCCGCAGGCGCUGGGCGCGCUGCGCCGCCUGCCCAUGCAGACCAUCCAGGAGAACAAGCAGGCCAGCUUUGUACCCACCGCCGCGCCCUUCCGUCCGGGGGCGCUUCCCGCGCUGCUGCCGCCGCCGCCGCCCGCGCCGAGACCCGGCCCCGUGCUGGGGGCGCCCGGGGAGCUGGCGCUGGCGGGUGCGGCUGCCGCUUACCCCGGCAAGGGCGCGGCCCCGUAUGCGCCGCCGGCGCCCUCGCGCAGUGCCUUAGCCCACCCCAUCAGCCUUAUGACGCUGCCCGGCGAGGCGGGCGCUCCGGGCCUGGCACCGCCCGGCCACGCUGCAGCCUUCGGGGGCCCGCCCGGCGGUCACCUGCUGGACGCGCUGCCCGGGCCUUAUGCGGCCGCAGCCGCAGGACCACUGGGAGCCGCUCCGGACCGCUUCCCCGCAGACCUGGACCUCGACAUGUUCAGCGGGAGCCUUGAGUGUGACGUCGAGUCCAUCAUCCUCAAUGACUUCAUGGACAGCGACGAAAUGGACUUCAACUUUGACUCAGCCCUGCCUCCACCUCCCCCCGGCCUGGCCGGGGCCCCGCCCCCUAACCAGAGCUGGGUGCCGGGCUGAGGGCCUCCCCUCCUGGGUAGCCUGGUCCCCUCCCCAAGGGACCUCUGUCUUCCCGUCCUGAUCCCUAGGUCCCAACCCCCUAUCCAGCUGCGCAGGAGGAAUCGGGUAGCUUCAGCCAGCUAGAGACCUCCUUCAAAAGUUGAUGGCAGAGGGAAUUGGGAGUGAGCUGCUGGGGACCCCCACCAUUCCUGCUUUAACUCCUAAACCCUCACCCCCUUCCUCCUCCCAGGGCCAGAAGCCUGGGAGAAGAGGCCCAAACCAAGGGGGGGGAGUGGAAAGGAAUAAGGUGGGCCCCCUGGUGUGGAUGCUGGAUGGGGAAGCCACCUAGAAGAUGGGGUAGGGGCAUCUCUACAUCUUCAGUUUUGUUCUGUGGAGGCAUGACAAACAGGCCAACACAAUCUCCCAUCUGAUUCUCAACUGACACUUUCCUCACUGGUCUUAGGCUCACCACUAGAAGCCAGCAAAACUCACUCUCUGUAAACCUCACACCUACCUGGCCAUCCACCUGAGUAGUCCUAUUCCAGCCCUAAGCCACCUUCCCACCACCCUCAACCCCAUAGUUCCCCAUCUUCCUCCCAUCCAACAUCUCCUCUCCCGCAGUCAUUCAACUCUGCAGUCCCCAUACCUCCAGUACUAAGUCACAACCUCUCCAGCAGGCCUCAGCUCCAGAUCCACUCCCUAAUCUGAUGACCCCUUCUCCUUGCCAGUCCCUGCCCCUCCCAUAUUUAUAAGUGUCCAGUUGGGGGCGGGCGGUAGGUGCGGCUUCCCCAGCGCGUAUAGUAGGCAGUGUACUGUGGCCGUGCCGUCAGCGUGUGCGUGUGCGUGUGUGCCGUGUCAAGGCCGUGUAGAGUGCAUUGUACAGCAUAUUUUCAUGAAUAAAAUUGUUUUAAAUAUUU